AUGGCUUUACUCGAUCCAGAUUUAUACUCAAAUGAUGUUUUAGUUGUCGGAGAUGGGAACUUUUCAUUUACUCUUUGUCUGGCUUCGGCAUUAUCACAAACAUCAGUUAAAAUCAUAGCAACAUCACUCGACUCAGUUCCUGCGUUAGCGAACAGUGACUUCGCUUUACAAAAUAUUGAGAAAUUAUCAUCUUUCGAAAACGUCGAGGUCCUGCACGAAGUAGAUGCAACGGAUCUUUCCCGAACAUUUGGUUCGAGAAUAUUCGAUCGCGUGAUUUUCAACUUUCCGCACCUUGGUGGGAAGUCGAACAUUGGUAAAUCAAGAGAGCUUUUAAAGCGAUUCUUUGCAAGCGCGGCAAAACAUGUUAGUCCUGAAAAGGGUGAGAUUUGUGUCAGUCUUUGCCAAGGACAAGGUGGAACACCCCUGGAUAAUCCCAAAAGACAGUUUGGAAAUAGUUGGCAGGUUGUGUAUCAAGCUGCUAAGGCAGGUUAGACACAGUGACUCUACAGCUAUUGUUUUUGUGUCAGUCUUUGCCAAGGACAAGGUGGAACACCCCUGGAUAAUCCCAAAAGACAGUUUGGAAAUAGUUGGCAGGUUGUGUAUCAAGCUGCUAAGGCAGGUUAGACACAGUGACUCUACAGCUAUUGUACUUAAAGUUUGUAUCAGAAUCCUACGAAUCCUUUUUUUGGAUUAUCACGCCAUAGCAUAUAAAUUGCCUGACGACCCAAACGUGACUACGUGGGGGGGAUAUUACGAGUUAGGUCAUGAGUUGAUAACAGAAGUAAGUGAAUCAACAUAACAUGAACAAGUCCCCCACAUACAAGAGAGAAUAUUAUUAUCAUCACCUGCCCACAUAUUAUAAAGCAAGAGAUUACAGUGAGAGGAUAUCAUGACAUAUGGGCUCGUUAAAAGAGGGCAUUUUAAGACAGAGAAGGUGCAGUGGGGCUUAUUUUUCAAAGGGCUUAUUUUUGUGAGGAGAAGGCCAUGAGGAAUUGUUAUAUUUGGGAUUUAUCAGUAGACAUGUACCAUGUAAGAGAGUUCUUUUCUACAGUUAUUUAUUGUGUUUUGUUCACUAUAGAUUUGAUUCUGAACGCCGUGUAUCCUUUCAGAAGUGCAGAUUAUGGUUCAUACCAAAGUGCAGGCUUCCGUGGACAGCUUGGUAAAGGCUUCCACACUGUCAAUGGUCUAACUCAUGUGUUUGUGCAUGGGGUACCAAUGGAAGCUGUACCUGACAUUGAGUAAGUUACACUCUCCGUAAGCCAAACUUUAAUUUACAAUAUUUAUUUUCUUUUUUUAAAUUAGCAUUUAAAUUUUAUAGACAAAGUUACCACUCAUUUAUAUAAGGUAUUUCGUGCUUAUUUAUUUUCCAGUUUGCUCUUUUUUCUCUCCACAGUUCUUUCAUAACCCAUAACAGCAGUUUUAUGUCAUACUGUUAUCCCACAAAGAGCCUAAGUUUUGUCCCUGGCAAUCCUCUUUACAUCAUCAGCAACAAGCUCAAAAGCUUCUUUUCAGAUAUUCCAAUUGGUGAGGCUAAUGUUGUUUUCAAACGCUCGGAAAGUAUAGAUAAUAUCAGUGAACAAUUAGAGAAGUUAAAUGUUUGUGGCUCAGGUGAAGCAGAGGGACAACUAAACCAAUCAUUCAGACGCACAGGUGUGUCACUUUUAAGUGAAGUUUUGCAGAGUCUGCAGGAGUUUGGUGCAUUGUUUGUCAUGAGUGGAAUUGAAAUUGAUUAUUUCUUUCCUCCAUCUUCUGAAAAUCAUCCCAUAUGUCACAAAAUGAUAGCAGUGAAGACUUUUACGAAUGGUGCAACAGCUUUGGAAGUUAAAAAAGAACUUGAUAGUAUUCUUGACUUGUUUAUAACAAAGAUGUGUUCUGGACUUGAUGGUCUAAGAAUUGAAAACAGCUGUAGGGGCUUGUCUCAGGAAGGUAUUUCGACUGCUGAUGACUUACUCAAUCAAGAGAUCACCGAGUUGGAAUGUGGAAAACAGACAAAAUUCCACAAUCUCAGGAAUGCAUCGAGUGCAGACAUCAGAUGUGAAUGUGGAAAAGAAACUUUGCAGGAGAAGUGCAUUUACUGUAGGCUGGAGAAACACUAUCUUGGACAUGACAUCUCUCCUCCGCUUUGCACCAGCAAGUGCUUUCAACCUUCAACACAACGAGAGUUGUACCAUGAACAAAGAUUGAUACUCUCUUGUGGUUUAAUAGAUGCCAGUGUUCUCAGUCCUGAAACGUUUGCUGACAAGUAUUUGUGUUGGUUGAUGGAAAUCAACCUGGAUGACUUAGUCAUGACUUUAUGUGGGAUCCCUGAUGUGAGACUUCUGUGGUCCCAGGAUAAAAGAUUCAAGGUGCAGUUUUCAACCUUACAGGUAGGACAAAGCUAAUCAAGUGACAGGUUUACUUGAAGUGAUGUUAGAUUCUAGUGUUACAAUGUAGAGUUAGCCAUUUUCUCUUUAGUUAAAAUAAUAAACUAAUUGGUGUAAUCUGGUCAUGUUUUAGGAUAAUGGCUUACCAGACCUUAGGAAGUUUGUGCCGUUCAGCUUCUUUCCUCCAACCUACAUUCAUGAUAUAAGCUUCUGGAUAACUGAACACAUGACAGAACAGCAGUUUUUUCAGGACGUUUAUGAGACGACUCAAGGUUGUGUGUGCGAUGUACAGUUCAUUGAACGAUACUAUGAUACAAAACAGGAUAAAGUGAGUUAUAAUUACCGGAUGGUUUACAGCUCAUGUGAUAGGCCACUGACCCAUCUCCAAACUGUUGAAAUGCAGAACUUGUUAAGAAGAAAGUUACUGAAUUGUGAAUUCCAUCUCAAGUAGCAGAUGGUGUCAGUUUAUGAGUGCGAGGAUAUCUUCUGCAAAGGGCAAACGUCAGUUUAAUUAUUUUUCGGUCAGAUAAUUCAGAAAAAGACAGACUACAAACAAUUGCUGCUUCUGCUAAAACUUAACUGUAGU